AUGGCACCCGCGCGCUUUAAGGGUGGCCGCCGUUCUCCUAAUGUGGGAGUUGCUCAAGUUCACAAGACAUACAGUGAGACCUUCAAUGCUCAGAUCCUUGCUCUACAGCUUGACCAAGAAGAUCCCAUAGUUUCUGCUGCCAACGAACGAAAGAGAAUUAUGACAAUGUUCGCAGAUAGAGAGAGUGUCAAGGAGGACAGUCGAGCAGCUCGAAUUUUCAAGAACUUUCCAACAGAGGUAAGGUUUCUUUGCUUUGACUCACCUUCCUUCACCUGGAGAUUCGGCCCGGAUCUCCCGACCAAUUACUUGAGUUGUUGUACGAUGGAUGCGCCGCCUUCUUGACACUCUCAAUUUUUCCAGUAACCCACAACUUCUAUCGCAAUGCUAACUUACUUGAAAUAGCUUCAUGAAAAGAUUGUCAAGUUCCUGCCCCAUGAUAGAGAUGUGGCAAGCUACAUGUUGAUUUGCAAGAGCUCAGGAUCAGCAAUUUGUGACUUCGUGUGGCGCAUGCGAUUUGAGGAGAAAUACGACUUGCCUCGUCUUCCUACAGGCUCAUCCAAGCCUGACACACGCUCGCUUGCUAUCCAAUACCGCUGCAGACAACUCGUUCUAUCUCAAUACACCACAUUCAACGUCAAUAGAAUUGGGGGCCGCAUUGAUGACAAAGUUCGUUUGGCGCUGAUAAGAAAGCAACAAAACUGCUUGGACUUGUUGAAGGACCUUCUCAUUGGUAAGAUCAAGCCUUUAAUAUCUGGAAGUGUGUGAUCUGAUAUUUAACAGAAUCCAAUGCCUGUGUUGUCGAAGAGAAUGGCAUCAGGAAGGUUUCUGGCCAGAACAUUGAUGUCAUCCGAAAUAUGGUAUCUUAUGUUGGAGAGGGGUCGCACGUCGAUAUUCUGGAUGCGGUUCUUUGCACCAGCCACCGGUACCAUAAGUACGACGACAUUGGUUCGACAUAUUGCUCUGAUACCUUGGUCUUCGUCAUUCAACUUGCUUUGACACCCCUCUCUCUAGACCCAAGUUUUGCUACUCAACCAGUGGCGCACUUUGAUUUGUCACAAUCUCAAGUCUACGCUACCGCAAAAACACAACCUGUUUUCGUGGGCAAAUAUAAGCAAUAUAUUAAUGCGCUAUGGUUGCUGAACUGCGUUAACCAUUUCAAGUUUCACCUCAAGACCCGUGGUGACGGUCUCUUAUCGCAGGAGUACUAUGAUCUGGAACCGCAUUUGCGACCGCAGUUCUGGACUGGUUUAUUGAAAUCGGGUACUCGGGUAUUGAAGCGGCACUGGAAGGGUGCUCACAGUUUGUCGGCUCGUCCUUCUUCUUAAAUCUGGCUUGCUAAUCAUGAAUUAGGCUUUGUUAAUUUACUUGAUCUCGAUGCAAUUAGAAAUGACAGAGGCAGGCUUCGAGAUAUCUACCAAGAUGAUGGAGAUGAUGCAUUGAACGUAUAUUUAUCCUAUGAUUGCCCUAAUUAGUCGCCGCUCUAACCAGUAUCAGGAUUUCGUGCUUGUUUUUGACGAGCAAAACUUCCCGAGCAAAAAAUGGCCAGAAGAUUGGGACCACGAACUCUGUAGCAACCCUUACUCCCAUCCACCGACUCAGACUGGAACUCAUAUCGGUUCAGCCAGGUCUUCCCCUCGCAAGCGACGGCGUAUCGAGGAGGAAGAGAUAACCAAGCCUGAAUCAAUGUCAUUCUAUGGCACCGCUGGCGACAUCAAUGGAAAUGGUACUGCAUUUAUGUAUGGUCAAAUUCAUUCUCUACCAGAACAACAUGGGAUUCCCGGCUUUCAGAGAAUUGUCAUGAAGCGAUUUGGAUUCAUAAACGACAUGAUCAGCCCUGACCGCUGCUACAACUAUGAAGGCUGCGUUUUUCCAGGAGGUACCAUAAUGGCCGGGCGCUGGUGGACAGCCGGCUCUGAUCCAACGCGUGAUUCCACGUAUUCGGGACCGUUCCUCUGGUGGAGCUGUGAGGAUAGCGUUGAAGAAGAUUUGCCAGCACCAGCCGACGAUAUCAUUGAACUUGCUAGACUAUUCAUGGGUUGA